AGCGACAAAAUAAAAUAUAGAGGAAUAUAAGGAGAAAAAAUAUAUACAAAAAUCAUUUCUGAGGUGUAUGUUGGAGAAUACGAAGAAUAUUAGGGGGUAGAUAAGUAUUUAAGUAUGGCAUCAACAAUACCAUAUACAUAAAAUUAAGGAUUAAUCCAAGUCUUUGGACACACAAAGCUUAGGCUUAGGAUGCGUUAUAAAUAGGGGUCCCCCCCCAAUGGUUGGUGCACUCCUGUCAAAAGCUUCAUUCACUCACAAACACCAUCGCACGCACAGAAAAGAAACAGAGAGAGAGAGACUCUUCCAUCAAUGGCCACCAAAAUCUACAUUGUCUCAGUAUAAAAACAAGUCAGGAGGAGGGUAUUUUUCUAGGAAAAGGCGACUGGCUAUUAUAUUGGUAGUGAUUCUGUCGCCUCAAUGCUCAUCCUCGCAGUUCUAUAUUGGUUCAGGAUAAGGAGCAUGAAAGGGAGAGGAGGACAACCCAAAUUUCUGAAUGAUCCCACUGCUUCUGGUGUACGAAGAUAUGAAGAUUUGCCAAUUGAUGAACACAGAGGAGAAACAGAUUUACCUUUUUUCGAUUUAACCACCGUGGUAGCAGCCACAGAAAACUUCUCUUCUGCUAACAUGCUUGGCCAUGGCGGCUUCGGCAUGGUAUAUAAGGGAUGUCUAGCUGAUGGACAGGAAAUAGCUGUUAAAAGAUUAUCGAGAAAUUCAGGACAAGGCAUAGACGAAUUCAAGAACGAAGUAAUGCUUAUUGCAAAGCUUCAGCAUAGAAAUCUUGUGAGGCUUUUGGGUUGCUACAUACAUAAAGAAGAGAUGAUGCUAAUCUAUGAAUACAUGCCAAAUCGUAGCUUGGACUUAUGCAUUUUUGAUAAAAACGGAAAUUCGUUGUUAGAUUGGAGAAAAAGAUUUCAAAUUAUCAUUGGGAUUGCUCGAGGCGUCUUAUAUCUUCAUCAAGAUUCGAGACUAAAAAUAAUCCACAGGGAUUUGAAAGCGAGCAAUAUUUUACUGGAUGGUUCAAUGAACCCAAAAAUAUCAGAUUUUGGCAUAGCAAGGAUGUUCGGGGAUGACCAAACUCAAGCAAACACGAACAAAGUUGUUGGCACCUACGGUUACAUGUCACCGGAGUAUGCUAUGGAUGGGCUAUAUUCCACAAAAUCCGAUGUGUUUAGCUUUGGAGUCUUGACACUAGAGAUCAUUAGUGGAAGGAAGAAUAGCUUCCAAUUUGAAAAUUCAUCUCUGAAUCUAGUUGGAAUAAUAUGGGGCUUGUGGACUGAAGGAAAAGUCUUGGACAUAAUUGAUUCAUCAUUGAACCAGUCGUAUUCAACUCCUGAAGUUAUGAGAUGCAUUCAGAUUGGGCUCUUGUGCGUGCAAGAAUACCCAACAGACCGGCCAACCAUGCUAGAUGUUGUGUUCAUGUUGGGGAAUGAAACGACUCUUCCACGCCCGAAAAAGGCAGCGUUUAGUUUGAAAAAUAGUGGUCCGGAUUCUUCAAUGUCUAAAGAAGCUUCUUUUGUAAAUGAUGUAACAGUAACAGUUAUUGAAGCUCGUUGAGUUUGCACUUUGCUAGCUCUUGUAGAGAUUUUGCGUUACUUCUCAAGUAUUUGUACUCAAAUCGAGAUUCCUUGUGUAGAGAAGGCAAUGCCUUUGAAAUUGUCGAUUCAUCUCUGGGCGAAUCGUAUCAUGUCAACGAAGUUGUGAGAUGUAUCUAAAUUGCCCUGUUAUGUGUGCAA